AUGGAUCGCUGGCAAGGUAAAGUGGCGGUUGUUACCGGAGCAAGUUCCGGAAUCGGAGCAGCCAUUGCAAAAGAUCUUGUCGAAUCCGGGAUGAAAGUUGUGGGAUUGGCAAGACGUCUGGAACGUAUGGAGCAAGAUGCUGCAAAAAUGAACACUAGCAAGGGCGGGCAUUACUACCCAAGAAAAUGUGAUGUCUCUAAAGAAGAAGAAAUUCUAGAAGCUUUUGCUUGGGUUAAGAAAACCUUUGGAGGUGUUGAUGUUUUGGUUAAUAAUGCUGGAAUCGUCAGAGCUAAUAUGCUAGUAAAUCCUGGAAAUUCUAAUGAUCUCCGUUCUGUGAUUGAUGUAAAUGUGAUGGCUUUGUGUUAUUGCACCAGAGAAGCUUUUAAUUCCAUGAAAGAACGAGAUGUUGCUGGACAUAUCAUACACAUUAACAGCAUUGGUGGUCAUUCCAUCCCAUCAGCAGGCGAUGCACCACCAACAGCCAAUAUGUAUUUCGGAUCCAAACAUUGUGUCACUGCUUUAACCGAAACACUCAGACAAGAAAUGAUUUAUUUGAAAAGCAGAACCAAAGUCACGAGUAUAAGCCCAGGAGUAGUCGACACAGAGAUCUUUGAUGGUUCUUUUCCAUCCAAGGAGAUUAAAGAAAUGUUUCUUGCUAACAAUCCGAGCUUGAAAUCUGAAGAUGUUUCUCAAGCUGUUUUAUAUGCACUGGGAACACCAGAACAUGUGCAGGUUCAUGAACUUAUUAUCAAACCCAUUGGAGAAAAAUUGUGA